CGAUACUUGAAGGGGGAGGGGCGUGUCAGAUUCCAAAGGAGAAGAGAGUGGAGAGAGAGAGAGAGUGAGAGAGAUAGGGGCGCUGAGCUGUAUUGCAAGCCGUUUGCAAAAAUGGGGGACGACAAACCUUUUGUGUGCAACGCUCCUGGCUGCGGGCAGAGGUUUACCAACGAGGACCACCUCGCUGUCCACAAGCAUAAGCAUGAGAUGACGCUGAAGUUUGGACCUGCCCGAACAGACUCUGUCAUCAUCGCAGACCAGACGCCAACUCCCACUCGUUUCCUGAAGAACUGUGAAGAAGUGGGCCUGUUCAACGAGCUGGCCAUGCCCUUCGAACAGGAGUUCCGUAAAGCCCAGGAAGAUGAUGACAAGAGAGCCAAGAACCCUCUGCCUGCCCCUGGCUCUUCAGCUCUGGACAUGAGUCUGCAGACGCCCUCAGACGUAGUUCGAGUGAAGGAAGAGGAGCCUGUCGAAGUGGACUCCUCCCCUCCUGCUAGUCCAGACUCCAUCUCCAGCAAGUCAGACAGCAACAAGGAGGCCACGGCCAGGGGAAUGGAAUCUCCUUCUAAACCAGCAGUAAGUUCUGCUCCUAUGCCCACUAUCGUCCGGCCCGGCUCUCUUCCCCUGCACCUCGGCUAUGACCCCCUGCAUCCCACCAUGCCUUCACCCACCUCAGUCAUCACACAGGCACCGCCCUCCAGCCGCACCCUUGGGUCACCAACUGGUCCAUACCCAAUGAUGAUGCUUCCCAAUGGCCAACCAGUUCCCGUGCUCCCAGGCCCUGUGCAAAUGUCUUCUGUAAUAUCUCUGGCUAGGCCCAUGUGUAUGGUGCCCAACAUUCCAGGAAUCCCAGGGCCUCCGCUAGGUGGAAGCAGCAGUGGCUCCUCCUCUCCAUCUGGUUACAACCCCCAUACUGAGGCUAAGAUGCGGCUGAAGGCGGCGUUGUCUCAGCAGACCACAGCGGCCUGUGUCAGUGUGGCGAUGGGCUCCAGUGCCAUGGUGCCACAGAGGAUGGAGCAGAGUCAACUGCUGGUGCAGCAGCCUGAUGCCCCAUCCCCUGCACAGCCCCAGGUCUCUCCAGCUCAGCCGACAGGCGGGCGACGUCGGCGCACAGUGGACGACGACCCAGACGAGAGGAGACAGCGCUUUCUGGAGCGUAACCGAGCAGCCGCGUCCCGCUGCAGGCAGAAGCGCAAGCUCUGGGUGAGCUCUCUGGAGAAGAAGGCAGAGGAACUGACGUCCAUGAACGUCUCCCUCACAAAUGAGGUGUCUCUGUUACGAAACGAAGUGGCUCAUCUGAAGCAGCUGCUGUUGGCCCAUAAGGACUGUCCUGUCACCACCUUACAGAAGAAGGCUGCCUACCUGGGAGAAGAAUCCAUGAAGGAGGUAUGCGAGGCCACGGGUUCUCCAGCUCCUGUGAUCCAGCACAGCUCCGUGGCGCUGAGUCCCUCAGGAUCGUCAGGGCCGAACGGCGUGAGCUCACGGGCGGCUGCCGAGGCCGUAGCCAUGUCCGUGCUAGCAGGCAUGGGCACCCAGCGGGCAGAGAGCGGGCCCUCACACGUCAUCAUGACCACACAGGCCCAGCCCUCGGCCAGAUGAUGAGCCUAGCACUAGGAGAGGAGAGGAGCGAGGGACGAGGCCAAAUCAUCCCUGUCCUCUUUUUCUCCUCUUCCUGGCCCUCUCUCACGCUGUCACGCUGUUCUGGCCCGGAGCUGGCCCAGAGAAUUUUGGGAAAAAACUUUGGAGAACGAAAGAGCUUCCUGUUCACUAUGCCAUAGACUACGGGGGCUGGACUCCGAUCCUCAUCCUUAUUCUCAUCCGAAAUCCUUACUAACUCCACUUUCGCUCCAUCAUCCCUGCCCUCCUCAUACUCAUCGCCUUCCAUCUUCACUCUCCUCAUUCUUCAGUUGAACUGUAGGACAGAACAGUGCUUCCUGAAGGACUGACAUGGUGACUGUGAUCUGAUGCAUAGGUAUUAUGCACACGUGUGUCUCAUUUACACGUUCAUAGAGCAAUGUGGAUGGCUGAUCAGUGGCAGUAAAUGAAAAGGAAGUGCUGCCACCGCGUGUGUGUGUAUAUGUGUGUGUGCACGUGUGAUGGGAUGGGCGAUAUGGCAAAAAUAUCAUAUCACAAUACGUGAAGAUAUUUCUACAAUACGUGAUGCGUACCAAGGCAUUAAGUAUGGUUGAGUACCAACAAAAACAGUGAAAUAUGAUGAGCUCAGAGAUUCGUAGCAAACAUUUCAAAAGUAUUGAAUGAGGAAAAGAGGGAAUAUUAUAUAAAUGAUGCAGAAAAAGAGUUUAACAUCCAAUCUGCUACAUGUUACAGUGCGUAAAUAUGUGGUUAUAAAAGCACUGACAACUGAUGGGUCUGUGGACGUGGUGUUCAUUCAUGUUUCAUUUCAAAAUACACCCACAAAAAUAGGAAAUUACUCCAUUUUUUCAUAAAAAUAUAUAAAAAUAUUUGACUCUCUUUCUUCAGUUUCAAGUAUUUCUACUUGUUUCACGACACAAAGCCUAGAAAUGAAAUAUUUAUGAAUCCAUAAUUUUUCCAUCAGUACAUUUCAGCUUGAACAGAGUCGACCUGGAAGUACAAGGAGUCAAGAUGUGUACUCUGGUUUAUUUAGUUUUCAUAAAAGGUAUGAUAAAAGUGGGAUGAACUCUACAUUUUCGCUGAUAAAGAUUUUCUGAAAUUGCAGCACCUGGAAAAUCCGGCUGAUUUAUUUUCAGCCUCCAUGUCGUCCUCCUUUACAGUCACCUUCUUGCUAUUUUUAAAAGCACAUCGUUCAUUCAUUUUCGCCCCAGAAUGAAUCUGAAAUCCUGAAAAGCAAGCAAACGAGAAAUACAAGAGCUUUUUUUGUAAUAAUUGUUAUUGUAAAGCCAAAAACUCCUUUGAACAUGUCGUUUGCGUAUAAUUAUGUUUUUCACUUUGAAAAAAAAAAAAAAAAAAAAAAUGAACGAAACGUACACAGACCCUAAAACCAGAUACUCGCUAGAGUGUAUUGUGACAUUUUAAUAGCGCGAUAUUGAUAUUAUAUUACCAUAUUGACCAGCCCUAGCGUGUGGUGUGGUGGUGUGCAUGCUCACACUUACUGCCUUUGACAUUUUACUCGCAUGAAUGAGGCUAACGAUUGCACCACAACUCUGCAAUACUUUUUAUGAAAGGAAAAAAUUCCUGUGUGCGUCGGUUAAAUCUGGUCCCUCGCAUUUUGGCUCGGUUUUCAUUUCAAGGAGACCAAGAGAACGCCUCGGCUGAACUUCACCAAGAUCUGACCUCAUUUCUAUCCCUUUAUAAUAUGUUUUAUAUGCAAAGCAUUUAUAUAAUCAGUGAGAAUAUAGUAUGCUUGUGCGUGUGUGAGUCUGUGUGUGUGUGUACAGGAAUGUACAUCAGAGUAUAACAGUUUAUAAUUCAUGGGACUGAUACACUAAUGUUGGCAAGCUUUAUUUUUAUGCUGUUUGCUAUAUUUUUGGCACAUCCUCCUAAACACAUUGCUUGAUCCAGUCUUUUGGUUUUCCUUGUAGCCUUGUGCCGGCCCCCUUCACGCCAUAAACUGGCUCAUGGUUACAUUUCAUUGUUAAUUGAAAUCUCCUUGCUGGGAUUCCUGUGUUGCGUCAGAGCUAAAUGAUGGUGCCAGCAUGUCUGGCGUAUUUUUUUUUUUUUGUCUCCUUGUAAAGUUCUCAGUUAUUAGCUCUCCUGUAUGUCCAGGUUGUGUUAGAGCUGAGCCUCGGAAAAGUCCAGCUGUUUAUCCAUUUUGCCUCUUGGAUUAUUUUCUAAUUGUUUUAAAUGGAACAAGGCUUUCCCCUGUGAGCCUUUCUGUUUAAAAAAACAAAAAAAAAAACAAAACCGAAUCAUUGUCUCUUCAGGCAAUUAUGAAGAUGUUAAAACAUAUUGUCUCUAUAGAAGGCAUGUGCCGAUGAUCAGUUAUAUGAUAUAUUGCAAUAUUUAACACAGUACUGAUGUCGUAGAUACUUCAUUAGUAUCAUUAGUAUCUCUACAUUCCAUUUGAGAGAAGACUACCUAUGUAGGCUAAAUGAAAAGAUUUAGCUUUCAUUAUCUUAAUAAGCCUAUAAUUAUUUUAUACUGACACAGCAAAUAUUAACAAUAAUGCUACAUUUAUAUUUGUACAGUGCGUUGGUAUCAAAUUAACCACAAAAUGUGAAAACUGUCUCAUUCUUAAACAAAGAAAAUUAUUCAGAAAGAAUAAUUUUAGCGUAAACAGGCAUGUGUUUGUAUUUAUUAACCCACAGUAACGUUUUCUUAUCAGAUAUUUACCAAGAAUUUUUACGCAUUCUGAGAUCCACAUAAACAUCGUUUAGGACAUGUACUAAUUAAAAAAUAAUUCGAAAAACAAUGCGGUUGAGUGCAGAAGUUUGCAUACCCUUAGGCCAAAGUUUAUAGCAAUGGCAUUUGGUAUAAUGGAUUUGUUUUAAUAUCGGCACAUGCCUACUAUACCCACUCAUUAACGCGCUCACGCUCAGAAAUGCAUUUAAAUACACACCCUGUAGUGUUGCUCGAUCAAAAAUAUUCUGCCUUAACACUUGCUGCAGUGCCUCUAAAGCCCUGGUCAGGUUUCACAGUUUUCUGGUUGCCCACAGAAGUCUCUGUGCCAAAUAUAGGAAUCAACCAGGACAUUUUAAAAAGCUUUAUAUUUUGUAUUGCAACAAAUGUAAUUACAAAUGCCUUUGUAGAUCUUGAAACCGCAGGGAGAACAUCGUGAACUGUUCUCUUUACUGCCAUCUGGACCUGAUUCGCUGUUACUGCGUUACAUUACUUUACUGAGAGGUGAAAGGAAACUGGACUGUUCUAAAACUCUUGAGUUCCCUUUAAUUUUAUUGCAAAAUGUAUGAUCUAAAGGGGUAGUUUGGUAAAAAUGAAAAUGUACACAAUUUGUAGUUAUUGUAAAUGUAGUCGAUCAGCCAAGACAUGUAUAGUGCGUGAAUUGUCAAGUAAUGGAAAUCUGUCUCACCUAAAAAAAAAAAAAAAAAAAAAAAUCAGAAUUUUGAGGCUCCUGAAAAACAUAAAAGCCUUCACCCUCUCGUCUGGAGAUCGCAAGUUCGAAUCCUGAACACGCUGGGAGCCAAAGGAACAAAACUGCCGGUGCUCUCAGGGUGGGAGGGAUCACAUAGUCUCUCCUAGUCUCUCUCCCCUGUCAAUCAUAGCGACGCUAGCCAAUCGUGGGCGUCUGUGAGCUCAUGUAUGCAGAAGAGGGUGGAGAGCGCUUUACUCUGUGUGUGCUUAGAGAAAUUAGGAAUGGGCUUUUGAUUUUCCAAGCUGGCUGCCAUUAGUUACACAGUGAAGUUUUAAUUCAUUUUUAUAGCAUGCAAGUGAAACUGUAAAAAAGCAAACAUCUUGUCUGAUCGAGUACAUUUGGCAGAAAUGUGAAUUUAAUGUAAAGCAGAUUUUUCACCCAACUAUUUCUUUAAACUGAACAGGGAAUGUUUAGCAGUAAUUGUGUGACUUGAAUUUCCCUUAAUCAUGUACUUUACACAGAGUGUAAUUAGCGAGAGAAUGUAAUGGCACGUCGAAAUGCACUAAAAUGUGAUAGAGGUUUGUAGAUUUUGUAUUUUAUGAACUUUGCUGCUGAGUUUGUCCUUCACACAGCAUGUCCAAUGUCAACAUGAGUUUGCAUAUAUUUUAAUUCAUGUUCGCGUAAGGUUCAAGGACUUCGCAGCAGCCACUUAUUGCUUAUCUUACAGUACGAUUACGCUCUGUUAAUGCUGGACUGAGCGAUGUGGCUUUCAUGCUGGCGCUGUUCUCAGUCUUCAUGUUCUCAUAUGGAAAAAGGAGGGCAGGGAAAACUUUCAGCUUUCAUAUUAAUGAUUGCCGGCACUUUUUUCUACAUCUGUUCUUUAUUUUGUGCAGCGAGGACUGUCAUAAUAAAUACUUCUUUAACCCCCCCCCACCCCCCACCCUUUUUUUUUGUAAUACUGAAAUGUAGAACAUUUUAGACCUCCUACAUGUUUUUCUUCAUGAGUGUCUCUCCUAGUCACUAUGUAAUCAUAUUUUUCGCAGAUGUUUUUUUUUUUUCGAUUUUUGAAGACUAGUCAGAAUGCCUUAAGAGAGAUGUAGCCUUUUAUAUAUUAUGUGACUGUUUUCACUUCCCACUCAUUUUGACAGCAGAUUUUUUUCCCCCAGAAAUUUGGCCUUGGACUUUUUUUCUACUCCAUACUUUCAAUGUUAAUACACCGUUAAUUUAUUAAGGAAUUAAUGCAGAAUAAUGAAAAUUAUUAUAAAAAUAUAAUCCCUCAGAACUGUAUCGAAUAGUAAUGGUUAACAUGGUAUGUAGCUAGAAAGGCAACUAUUGAAAGAUGUUCUUUCGGCUUCUAAUUGUAAAGACACACUCCCGGUUGGACUGAUUUUAAUUUUAGACUUUAUCUUCUUUACUGUACAUAUGUGUAUCAUAUAUAAAUGUAUUUACUUUUUCAUGCAUGUUGAAGUGAAAUACGAUGCACACUUGCAGUGCUGCAGUUUUGAUUAAAGAAAAAGCAAUUAAACACCAUUUCUGUGUCUUCUGGGUCUGUUAUAAAUGUAAUUAAUCAAGUGAAGCAAUAAAGUAUUUUAUAUGCUGA